AUGGGCGUCUCACUCUCCACCGCGCGUUACCUUGCGCCAGCGUCCUUCGCCUACGACUUCGCAGCCCAGCAAUAUGGCCUCUGGUCCAGCCCUAAUAUGCAAGAUAUCCACGACAAGAACCUCUCGUUCUUCAGCCCCAAUCCAUACUUCAUCGGCGCCUUCUUCUUCCCACAGCAGUUCUUCCAGCUCGCAUGGCUCUACAGACUCUGGAAGCUCGAUGAGCGCAACCCACAAGAACAAAAGGAGCUGGAGACGAUCAGGAAGUUCGUGCCGUACUAUGCUCUCGGAAAUGUCUGCAUUGGCACCUGGAUGUUCUUCUGGAACUCGAACAGGCUGGAUAUCAGCAACAUAUUCGUGAUCGUCAACACGACUACGCAGUUGUGGUAUUGCUUCACUCAGCUCGAGCCGAUGAACACGCGCAGUUGGAGCUCGAUUCUUACCCAUGUGGUCGCUAAGACCUUCGCUGGCAUUGGUGUGCUCGAUCUGCUCCACAAUACCAGCGCUGCCUACUUUGUUGGCGAGACCCCGAGCACGCUCGUCAAGGCAGCUACAGCUGUUGGAUUCUUGGGUCUCGGGGCUUGUAGUGAUUGGAUUCUGGGAGGCUGCCUAGUGUACAACCUUGUUGGCCUUUCAGUUGGUCAGGCGGCAUAUGGCGACAAGAGCUGGAGCACGAUGUUGGGUGCAUACGCUGUCGGUACUGCGGCAGUAGUUGGCCUGAGGAACUACAUGCGCCCACCUUAUGUGACGAAGAGUGGCGAAGGAUAUGCACAAGCUGCUCAGGAUGAGGUAGAUGAUCGUGUGUGA